CUGGUGACUGGUGAUGUUUUCAAACUCUGAGCGGUGUUUUCCGGAAGCACAUCGGCACCUCAAGUGUGAAUCCAUUUACGAUUUUCAGGAGAAACAUGGGCAGUUUACGCAGCGAAAACCGCUCUAUCCAUUCAGACAACAUCCAGGACGUCCAUAACAUCCCAAUGGACGUAAUCAUACGACCCAUUCCGCCUGUUUUAGACGAGCAGAAGGUCCAAAGCCUCAUUACCAGCAUAAAGGAGGGCUCAGAUAUCUCCGUUGUGCCUCCCAUAGACGUGCUUUGGAUCACUGGAGAAAAGGGGGGCAAUUAUUACUAUUCUUUUGGAGGCUGUCAUCGAUUUGCUGCCUAUCAGAGAUUAAAGAUGAAAUCCAUACCGGCCAAGAUUAUCAAAUCUAACAUCUCAGACCUUCGCACUUACCUGGGAGCAUCCACGCCGAAUCUACUGUGAGUG